AUGUUCAGGGUCAUGAGGCAAGGAAUGGGAUGAUUUUAAUGCAGAUAUCCUCACAAUAUCUUCAUACCUUUGGCUACCAGUGGCUUAUUGAGGGGGGCUAAUUGGCACAAAUAUGUGUUGUGGAUCAUAUAGGAGGGCAGGGAAGUACAAAUGAGAAUGUAGAAACACAAUGGAAAUACAGAGAGCAAAAUAAAUUUGAGCUAAUUUCAGGCAGCAUCCAGGUUUCUAGGAGCAAACUUCACUUCAUCUGAGUUUACAGGUCAUUGGCCUCAGUGUUACUGCACUUUAAUUCUGGUAUGAGAGAAAGAAGAAUCAGGACUACAAGAGUCCCUGCAUUCUUUCCUCUUAUUCUAUGAGUUUAUCAUCUCUUUUCUACUUCCAUUAAGCUUCUAGCUUUAUCAGGCCUCAUGGCGAGGACGCGGGGCUGGAAAUCCAUCCACACAAAUGUGCAGGUAAAAUGUUCUGCUGCAGAUCGCUGGCACGUGGCCACACACACUGGGACCUGCCUGUGCAACUCUUGUUCUGGCUUGGCACAGUUCACAGAGGAUAUUUCAUGGAACACAGUAGAUCAUUGCUGUUUGCUGGGGAAUAUGUUUGGACACAAUGCCAACGGUGAGCCACCUUGGCUGCACCGGCCAGCAAAGGCUGUCAGCAGCCCCAGGUAGAACCAGAGCCCCUUUGAGACUUUGCUUAGUCCUGCCUCACUUUUAACAGGUUCUGAGGAGAAAGCCAGAGAACACGCCUUUCCCUUCUGUGCCUUAAUUUCAAAGGAGGAAUUUACCCCAAAGAAACUUUUUUUCUUUUAAAAGAGCAUGGGAGAAAGUAUUGAUUUACAGGUCUCAGCCCUCCAGUGGGGUGCAGCUGCAGUCUGCUCUCAGUAACCAGAACUGGAGAAAAGAGCAUGAAGUUCUACAUGGCCUUACAGAGCACCAGGCCUUGGCUGUAGCGAGAAGCAGCAUCUCUUGGUCUCACAGCUGUACUGACCAUGGGAAGGAGUAAAUCACACUUGGUCUUGCUAGCCUUUGCCUGCGCAUAUUCUUCCUGCUGUGCUGAAGUGGCCUUGGGUGUCAGGCUGUCUCCACAAACCACGUCCUUCCACCAUACCAUUACUUCUGCUCUGCCACUUUCUGUUUAUCAUUCCCCACCCCAUCAAAGCACCACAGUUCAACCUAACAGCACAGGCUCCAUAAACCAUACAACUAUUCUGCAGACAGCAGACCAACGCUGGGUAACAACAGCACCAGCCUCUCAUAUGACAGCCCAGGCAGGAGCAAAUACCAGCAAAGCAUAUGGCCAGACAUCUUCCACAGCAGUAACCUCAACUGCAGCAAACACAGCUGCAUCUGGCCAGGCUACAACCCAGGCAAUGGAAACAGUUACACCAGCUGUGAAAAACACAACUGUGUCCCCAGACAACCAAAUCACAACACAUGUGGACACAGUUACAAACACAACCAUAGAGAAUACAACAUCAAAGAUACAAACAACAACUACAGCCAUAAAUACUACAGCCACUACUAACAGUACUGCAAAUCCCACCACAAGCUCAGCUAAUCACACAACUUCUGGAAGUCCAACAGCCACAGCCAUGACCAACACAACCACCACUCAUCAGGGGAUUCAUACAACCAUCCAAUCUACUACAAUGAUGGUGAGACCCACUCUAGCACCACAGCCUUCUCCCAUCCCAACUGGCAUAUACACCAUUUCCAGCAGCAACAAGACCUGCAUCAAAGCAGUGAUGGGUUUGCAACUGAUGGCUCUAAGUACACAGAAGAAGCAGAUGGAGUACCUGACUGUCGACCCCAACACCACCCAGAUAUCUGGAAGCUGUGGGAUGGUGCAGUCUGUGCUGAACAUCACUUUCAUUGGAGGAUUUAUAAGCUUUGUCUUUGUAAAGAAAGAUCCAACAUACUAUGUCAGUACAAUUGAGGCUGAAUUACAGUUACCUUCUGAAGGUAUACGUUAUUACAUAGCCAUACGCCAGCAGCAUUUUACAGCAAAGCUGGGGAAUUCCUUUAAGUGUGCCAGCAAGCAAACCUUUGGCUUGGAGAGAACCUACCAGCUAUACAUUGUUAACAUGCAACUGCAGGCCUUUGAUAUUAUUGGCAACCAGUUUGGAAAAGAAGAAGAAUGUUUCCUUGAUAAAACCACAAAAGCAGUUCCCAUCGUCGUGGGCCUGAGCAUCCUGGGACUGUUGGUCAUUAUGUUUGUCACGUUUCUGAUUUCCAGAAAAAAGCCCUAUAGAGGAUACGAACGUAUCUGAGGUGCUCUUGUACUUCCAAAGAAGAGAAAUCACACGAGUUUUUGCUUUUAUCUGGCAGCCUUGCUGCUCUGGAGCCGUAUUUUUAAGUGAAAUGACACCAUGUGUUUAAAGCUAAUGCAUGUUUCUGGAAGCAAUUUCUUUAAGGUGGGAAGGAAAUGAUUUAUAUUUUUAGGCUAUUCUUAGCAACUUAUUUAGAUGGGGCCCAGAGGAUCAAAGUUAGAAGCCCAAAUUCUUUAUAUCAUCAAAAAAGAGGCAAUUCAGACCACCUAAGUUAGAUGCUUAAAAAUAGCUUAAGGCAGGCAGCAUCAUUGUCCCCCAUAAAAACCAUCAGAUUUUUCUAAAAAAAACAUUAAGAAAAAUCAAUUUCUUUAAGAUGGCAUUCAUAUUUAUUAGGAGAGUUGAGUCCAGUAAUACUACCUUCAAGUGAGUAGAGCAGAGGUCCACAGCAACAGGUAACCCUAUUAAAUCAGAGCAAGUCCUACAGGAGCAUUGUUGUUGGGUUUUUCUUGCUAAAGAUUUGGGGCAAGUAUAAAAAUGACUUUGAUUGAUAAGCAAGUUCCCUUCAGUCCUUUUAAACACCAGGCUAACAUUUAGUAACUUAUUGUUUCCUACUAAGUCUUUUGGAGGGACACAGGGUAAUGCGCUACGCUCACUCUAAAGGCAGUAUUUUUAUUAAUUUUCUAGCCUCUAGUGACUCUGUAUGCAGAUAAGAUGACUCAGCAGGGCCAGAUAGGGUCUGCCUGAGCAAUGCAUGCAAAAAUUUCCACUCAUCAUUGCCUGUCUCAGCCUCUCUGCAAUGAUGUCUUCUUGCCAAUAAUUCUUGAACUGUAGCCUCACAAGACAUGGCAUAUGAGAGCAAUCUGACGUUGCUGAGUUUAUCUGCACUAUUACUCUGUUAGCUGCACCAUCAGCAGCUGAUGACAGGCAGAUGAGAUGUCUGUGCAGAACUGGGCGGGCAUUCGGAGUAACUAACUCCACUCAUCUACACGAGGCCAAGACAUCCUAUUUACCAAUUGGUGCUCAAGAUGCAGCAUCCCUUUGCCAUGUGUUCGCAGCAUGAGGUGGAGAAAGCUGAUGUGAGGCUCUGAAAGCACUGUGAUAAAUGGGCCGGUGCUAAGGAUGCUGCUGUGAUAGACAGGGACUGGGGUGAAAUUGCUUGAUAGAUUCAUGGAGCCUAUUAUUUCAUAGUCUUAUAAGAGCUUAUGCAUCACCUGCUUCCUUUACAGACAUAGACCUGUUAUAGUGUUCAGCACUGAACGUGGUAACUGUCACCUCACUGGGAUGACAAUAUUGUGAUCUCUUUCUUAAUGCGGGAAGAUACUACAGCAAUUGAAGUAGCCAGCACUGUAGCAGACCUGCACAAGGUCCUUGAGUAAAUGGAAAUCCACUGAAGCUGUCUGCUUAAGAUGUCUGAAAGCUUGCACAGACCUUGGGUAAACUCUGCCCAAAAGUGAAUGCUAUCCACCACACUUGCAGCUGAGCAGCUGGAUUUUCAUAUGGAAAUAGUCUAGAGUUGCUUUAAAGCACAGUAUUUGCAACACUUUGUAGUCUGCUUCCUGUUAAGCAAGUGUGAAGGCAUGUAAGCAGUAAAUGCUUUUGAGAGUAAUUAAGUUCAGCUAAUUUUCUUUGUUGAAACAAGAAAAAUCUCCUUGUCACAAAAGGUUUACAAAGAUAAACAUAUGCACAAAUGUGCAAGUACACCACAAUCAAAUCUGCUCACUGCAGGAAACUACAUGAAAUUGAUAAGAAUUAUAUGUAAAAACAUUUACUGAAGAGAAAACAAUAUUAUGUAAGAGCUCAUUUUCCCCUUGGGGUUAAGGGCAGUAGCUUAAUGUUACCAAUAAAUAUUUUGCCUGGAUAGGACUUAGGAAUGGCAUCAAUUAAACAAAAGAAAGACUGAAGUUAUCUGCAAAAAUUUCUUGCUGUUAGCUUUAUUGGGAAAUAAACAUAAUAUAAAUGCUGGAAGAUAAUUUGAUUUCCAUUAAGAAAUGGCCCAAAUCGUGAGCAAUUAUGAACGGCAGUGGAUUUUCACUGGGUAAAACUGAUAUCAGUACCUUGUGAGUCUGAUUUGCCUACAGUAUUUUUUAAAAAUAGUUUUGAUAUUUUACCAGAGAUCAGUUACUUAAAUCCUUUCAUUCUAUGAAUGUUUAGAAGAUUCUGUCCAAGCCAAGCAGGAAACAUGACACCAUUCAAUAGCACCAUAACAUGUGGCUCUGGAAGUAAUUCUCAUUUCCAGAAAUGUUCCAGUUUAGUUUGAAUGAACUCAUAACCAAGAAAGAUAAAGACGAUUUGGAAUCACUUUUGCACUUGGAGAAGCCAAAGACAGAACUUAAAACCAGCUGUGAACAAGAGAAGCAGCUGAAUAUAAUUAUGAGGUAAAGCAGCAUGCAGGUGCAAUCACUUGAAUGCUCCAUUAUUUCAAAGUUUGUUUCAUAAAAAGCUGCAGCAGUGAUAAUAUUACUUAGCAAACUUUAUUAAGCUCAUUUUCCCCCUCUCACCAUUUCCUGCUGUUAGUGGACAUGCUGCCCACUGCCCUUGUUCAGGCCUUAGCUCUCAGGGUGUUCUUGCUGUUCAUGGUUCAUCUCACAUGAAAAUCUGAUGGUUAAUGAGAGACCUGGGUGGUGGAAACAAGUCCUUGUCUGUGAGAACAAGCAGGCGUGGAAAGGUCUGGGGAGUUGUGAGCCUGCUACUUGUGUUUCUUUUCAGGAAAACCAUUGGUACAAAGUAAAAUGUCUGCCGUUGCCCAUCUGGUCAGGGAGUGAAGCUGUGGGUUAUUGCUGAGUUAUUUGUUUUUGUUUAGAAAGCAGGAUUUUUUUUUAAUACUAUAUUAAAGCACUCACUUUUUUUUUU